AUGCCUUUCGCGGUCUGCACCGGCCCCGAACCCGCCCCCGGCGCCUCCCUGCCGCGCCCCGCGCUGCCGCUGCCGACGCACGUCGAGCUGCGCGUGCCGCGCGCGCUUGCGGCGAACCUCGCGGCCAACCGCUGCGGCAUCACCGCAGCUCUCGCCGCCGGCGAGGGCGGCGUCACAGCGGCGCCCGAGGCGCUGCUCGCCUCCCAUGCACAGCUCGCCGCGCUGUGCGCCGCGAGCGGCGAGCAGGGUUCGGCACACGUGCCCCUCCAACUCCCGCUGCCGCCCCUGGACUCGCUGGCUGCGGCGGACCUGCCCCUCCUCAUGAUCCUGCUCCGGCGGUGGCAGGAGGAUAGCGGCGCCGAGCAAGGUGCACGCGGGCGCCUGCCCGUCGACGCCGGCAACGGCUCUGACAGCGACAGCGGAUUGUCAGGGGACGAUUAUCGUGAGCCACCCGUUGGCCCUGACGGCUCACAACGGCAGCAGCAUCUGCAGCAGCAGCAGGUUGCGCUGGACGCCUACCCUCGCGGCGCCUGCACGGGCAGCAACUGCAGCGGAGCGAAUAGCGGUGUUCAGGGCGACGGCAGUAGCUGCGGCAGCGGCAGCAUUUGCGGCACUGGCAGCGGCAGCGGCAGCGGCAGCCGCAGCAACAGCCGCAGCCGCAGCCGCAGCCGCAGCCGCAGCCGCAGCCGCAGCCGCAGCCGCAGCCGCAGCCGCAGCGGCGACCGCGGCGGCAGCGGCAGCCGCAGCAGCGGCGAUGGCGGCGGCAGCAGCGGCAGCGGCGGCAGCCGCGGCCGCAGCCGUAGCAGCGGCGGUAGCAGCAGCAGCGAUUACCAGAGCUGCAAGCAGCCCGACAGCCCCGCCGGCCCGGGAUCGCUCGUCGCGGCGCUCCCGCUGCUGCUCCUCCCUAGCCCCGCCUGCUGCGCCGAGGUGCAGGCCCUGCUACCCGCCGCCCUUGACGCCACGCGCGCCGCGCCCAACGUGGGGCCCAGCGGUGCGGCAGGCACGGCCUUUCCUGCCGCGCCGCCGGAUCCCGGCGAGUCGUUUGCAGCCCACGUGGCCCCGCUGCUGCUGGACUACUCGCACGCACUCGCCGGCCGCGCAGUGCGCGGCAGCCGCGGCAGCGGCGGCGACGACGGCGACCGCGGCGCGUAUGCGGAGGACGUGCGGCGGCUGCUGCUGUUUUUGCUGGCCAGCGGCAAGCCCAACUGCGCGCGCCUGCUCGUGGCGGCGGCCGCGCGCGCGGGGGUCGUCU